AUGGCUCAGUACAACCAUUCAGCAGAGUUCUCUUUCCAGAGCUCAACAAAUAAGUCAUUAAAUUUCACUGAAACACCACUGGUUUGGGAUGAAAGAACACUCUUAGGGCUGAAGAUUUCCCUGUCAAUCCUCCUGUCUGUUAUAACUCUGGCAACCAUCCUUGCAAACAUUUUUGUCGUUAUUACAAUUUUCCUGACUAGAAAGCUACACACACCUGCCAAUUACCUCAUUGGCUCCUUGGCAGUGACUGACCUGUUGGUGUCUGUCCUCGUGAUGCCCAUCAGCAUCGCCUACACUGUCACACACACGUGGGCCUUUGGCCAAGUGCUGUGUGACAUCUGGUUGUCCUCAGACAUCACGUGCUGCACAGCCUCCAUCCUGCACCUCUGUGUGAUUGCCCUGGACAGGUACUGGGCUAUCACCGACGCCCUGGAGUACGCCAAGCGCCGCACGACUGGCCGAGCAGCCCUCAUGAUCGCUGUGGUCUGGAUGAUCUCCAUCAGUAUUUCUGUGCCACCGUUUUUCUGGAGGCAAGUGAAAGCUCAUGAAGAAAUUGCAAAGUGUGCUGUGAACACAGAUCAAAUUUCCUACACGAUUUAUUCCACUUGUGGAGCUUUCUACAUCCCAACUGUGCUCCUGUUGAUACUGUACGGUAGGAUUUAUGCAGCAGCUCGGUCCAGGAUUCUGAAGCCACCCUCGUUGUAUGGGAAACGUUUCACUACCGCACACCUCAUCGCCGGCUCUGCAGGCUCUUCCCUCUGCUCCAUCAAUGCCAGCCUCCACGAAGGGCAUUCCCAUUCAACUGCAUCCCCAAUCUUUAUCAAUCACGUCAAAAUAAAACUUGCAGAUAGUGUGCUGGAAAGGAAAAGGAUUUCUGCUGCAAGAGAAAGGAAAGCCACCAAAACUUUAGGCAUUAUUCUGGGAGCUUUCAUUUUCUGCUGGCUGCCGUUUUUUGUCAUGUCCCUAGUCCUGCCGAUCUGCCAAGAUGCUUGUUGGUUUCAUCCCAUCCUACUGGACUUUUUUACCUGGUUGGGCUACUUAAACUCGUUGAUCAACCCAGUAAUUUAUACAGCUUUUAAUGAGGAAUUUAAACAGGCUUUCCAAAAAUUAAUACUUUUCAAGAAGGGUUCACCUUGA